AUGACCGAUACAACAAAAUCAGUCUGGAUUGAAAAAUUAAAAUCAGCUAAAAAAGCUGGUCUUCUUCAAAAUGAUCGAAAAAAAAUUCAUUAUACAUUCGAUGAUCAAACAGAAAUGGUAGAAGAAUAUGAUGCAAAAACUAAUCUACUUUUAAUUCGAAAAUGGCGUCAAAAAUCAAAUAGCGGUUUAAAAACUCUCGCUACAUCAGAUGUAUGGACAUUUGAAAUUGGUCAAAAUUAUGAAACACGACCAAUUGCAGAUAAUACACUUGGUAUGACAGAAAGUACUACAACACCAAUAUUUUCACGUAAUGAUAAAAAUGAUUCUUUUGAAAUUCGUAUACGAAAUUUACCAUAUUCAAUUGAUAUAUAUCAAUUAACAAUUGAUAAAGAUAAACGAGAAUUUAUUUUACGAACAACAAAUAAAAAAUAUUUUAAACGUUUUUCAAUUGCUGAUCUUGAUCGAUUAAAUCUUCCAUUAGAAGAAAAUAAUUUAUCAUAUUCUCAUGCAAAUAAUACAUUAAUUAUAAGUUAUAAAAAACCAAAAGCUAUUCUUGACUUAGAAAAACAAGUACAUGAUGAAUUAAAAAAAUUAAAUAUGAAAAAAGAGGGUGAUAGUGAUUGUCCUUUUUAUAUUGUAGAUGUAAUUUAUAGACAAAAAAAAACAAUGUUAUUUCAACGAAUUCUGUUGACAAAAUAUAAUCCUUCAACAUAUUUUAAAUUUAUUCGUCUUGUAGCAACAUCAUCAGUACAAAUUGAAUUAAAAGAUGGACUUGCAAAUAUAACAGUACCAUUACCAAGUAGAGGAGAAUCAUGUGUUUUUCAAUUAAAACCAUUUAAUACAACAGUUGGAGAUUUUAUUGAUAUAUUACAAAAAGAAGAUCGAGGUAUUGAUCGAGCAUCUAUAUAUCUUUCGGAUGGAUCUCGUCUUUCACGAAAUUCACCUUUUGAUUUAAUAUUCGAAGAACCAUUUACAUUACGUAUUAAUGAAAUAUCAUAUAAUGUUCAACCACCAACAUUAUUUACUGCAAAUAAAUCAGCUCGAGAUAUGCUUUCUGAUGUAUCAAAUUCAGUUACAAAACUUUAUCAUGAUUUACAUCUUAAUCAAUAUAUUAUGUAUCGUGAACAUGAAUUAGAAAAACAAUUAGCUUUUUUACGUGAUUCUGUUCAACCACUUAAUGAAAUUCAUCAUCAACUUGCUAAUAAAGCUAUUCGACGUUUAAAAUGGAUACAAUGGUCGAUUUUUGCUGCAAUGUCAUUUCAAACUGGUAUUUUAUUUCGUUUAAUAUGGAUUGAUUACAGUUGGGAUAUAAUGGAACCUUUUACAUAUUUUAUAUCGUAUUCAGCUGUAUUUUUAGGUUAUUGUUAUUAUAUACUUCGUCGAAAUGAUAUGAAAUAUAUGAAUAUGUCUGAUUAUUUUUAUUUAAAAAUUUUACAUCGUUUAUUACAAAAGAAAAAUUUUGAUUUAAUACGUUAUAAUGCAUUAAAAGAUGAAAUAAUGAUGAUUGAACAUGAUCUUCAACGACUUAAAGAUCCAUUAGAUCGUAUUAUAGGAACAUCAUAA